AUGGAGUGCGAGACCGGCCUCGUCGGCUCCCUCAACGGCGAGGGGCUCUGUAUGUCGGCCCCCCGCGCCGACCCCCUCAACUGGGUGAAGACCGCCGAGGAGCUCACCGGGAGCCACCUCGAGGAGGUGAAGAAGAUGGUGGCGCAGUUCCGCGAGCCGCUGGUCACCAUCGAGGGCGCCUCCCUCGGGAUCGCGCAGGUGGCCGCCGUGGCCGCGGGCGCCGGCGUCGCCAGGGUCGCGCUCGACGAGUCCGCCCGCGGCCGCGUCAAGGAGAGCAGCGACUGGGUCAUGACCAGCAUGAUGAACGGCACCGACAGCUACGGCGUCACCACCGGCUUCGGGGCCACCUCCCACCGCCGCACCAAGGAGGGCGGCGCGCUCCAGAGAGAGCUCAUCAGGUUCCUUAACGCCGGUGCCUUCGGAACUGGCACGGACGGACACGUUCUGCCCGCCGAGGCAACACGCGCGGCUAUGCUCGUCCGCAUCAACACCCUCCUCCAGGGUUACUCGGGCAUCCGCUUCGAGAUCCUCGAGGCCAUCACCAAGCUGCUCAACGCCAAUGUCACGCCGUGCUUGCCGCUCCGGGGCACCAUCACUGCAUCCGGUGACCUUGUGCCGCUGUCCUACAUUGCCGGCCUUAUCACCGGCCGACAGAACUCUGUUGCGGUGGCCCCUGAUGGCAGCAAGGUGACCGCUGCCGAGGCAUUCAAGAUCGCCGGGAUCGAGCACGGGUUCUUUGAGCUGCAGCCCAAGGAGGGCCUUGCCAUGGUGAACGGCACGGCUGUGGGCUCUGGUCUUGCAUCGACCGUGCUCUUUGAGGCCAAUGUUCUGUCCGUCCUUGCUGAGGUCUUGUCUGCGGUGUUCUGCGAGGUGAUGAACGGCAAGCCGGAGUUCACUGACCACCUGACCCACAAGCUGAAGCACCACCCUGGACAGAUUGAAGCAGCUGCAAUCAUGGAGCACAUCUUGGAGGGAAGCUCAUACAUGAAGCAGGCAAAGAAGCUUGGCGAGCUCGACCCCUUGAUGAAGCCGAAGCAGGACCGGUAUGCCCUCCGCACUUCGCCUCAGUGGCUCGGCCCACAAAUCGAAGUUAUUCGAUUUGCCACCAAGUCGAUUGAGCGUGAGAUCAACUCUGUCAACGACAACCCGCUCAUCGACGUCUCCCGUGGCAAGGCCAUCCACGGUGGCAACUUCCAAGGCACCCCCAUUGGUGUCUCCAUGGACAACACCCGCCUCGCCAUUGCUGCUAUUGGCAAGCUGAUGUUCGCGCAGUUCUCGGAGCUCGUGAACGACUUCUACAACAAUGGCCUGCCUUCCAACCUGUCCGGUGGGCGCAACCCGAGCUUGGACUAUGGUUUCAAGGGCGCCGAGAUCGCCAUGGCCUCGUACUGCUCUGAGCUGCAGUUCUUGGGCAACCCGGUGACUAACCAUGUCCAGAGCGCGGAGCAGCACAACCAGGAUGUGAACUCACUUGGUCUGAUCUCAUCCAGGAAGACCGCCGAGGCUAUUGACAUCUUGAAGAUCAUGUCUUCCACGUUCCUGGUGGCUCUGUGCCAGGCCAUUGACCUUCGCCACAUUGAGGAGAACAUGAAGACAGCGGUGAGGAACUGCGUGAUGCAGGUGGCCAAGAAGACCCUGAGCAUGAACAACAUGGGCGGCCUCCACAUCGCCCGCUUCUGCGAGAAGGAUCUGCUGACCGCGAUCGACCGCGAGGCGGUGUUCGCGUACGCGGACGACCCGUGCAGCCCCAACUACCCGCUGAUGCAGAAGCUGCGGGCGGUGCUGGUGGAGCACGCGCUGGCCAACGGCGACGGCGAGCGCGCCCUGGAGACCUCCAUCUUCGCCAAGGUGGCGGAGUUCGAGCAGAACAUCCGCGCGGUGCUGCCCAAGGAGGUGGAGGCCGCGCGCGCGUCCGUGGAGAACGGCACGCCGCUGGCUCCCAACCGGAUCAAGGACUGCCGCUCCUACCCGCUGUACCAGUUCGUGCGCGAGGUGUGCGGCACCGAGUACCUGACCGGCGAGAAGACGCGGUCGCCCGGGGAGGAGCUGAACAAGGUGCUGGUGGAACGGCGAGCCCCUGCCGCUCUGCUGAGCAGCCGACGAGACAAGGUAACACCAAAGGAAAAGAAAACACGUACACACAAAGUGAAUAUAGAAGUGGUUCAAGACUGUGAAGCGGGAGGUUCCUGGUAUAUCUACGUUUCAUUGUACUUAGUUAAGUUGAUACUACUGUUGUUUUUUCUCGCUGCCGCCAUGCCAUGA